GCUUUCUCCUGGUUUGAGAAAAUGGACGAGUCAUGAGAGCUACUUCAGCAUGGAUCAACAGACUGGGGUCAUGGAAACAACGAAAGGUCACGGGCCUCACAGAACAUUGACUUUAAACAACUAGAUACUGAACACUUACUGACCUUUUCAGCUGCUUUUUUGGAGCAGUUUUUAUUUGUAUGUGUAUUUCUUGGAUCAGUCGGAUAACCACCAAUGGGAAAUGCAGCAGGAAGCGUGGAGGCACCCGCGGGGAAGGAGGGGAAGGCGGCGUCGGCCCCCCCGGGCUCCACGGGCCAAACCAAGGGAAUCAAACUCCCGAUGCCACCUGAAGCAGAGCUGGAGCAACGCUUCAGCACCGUGCUGAACACGAUGAAUCUUCCUCCAGACAAGGUGAAGAUCCUCAGUCAGUACGACAACGAGAAGAAGUGGGAUCUGAUCUGCGACCAGGAGAGGUUUCAAGUGAAGAAUCCACCGUCGGCCUAUCUGGAUAAGCUGAAGAGUCACCUGGAUCACGGAGGAGUCAGUCGGAAGUUUAAGAGACGCGUGCAGGAAUCCACUCAGAUCCUGAGAGAGUUGGAGAUUUCCCUCCGGACCAAUUACAUCGGCUGGGCUCAGGAGUUCCUAAAUGAGGAAAAUCAGGGUUUAGACGUCCUGGUGGAUUAUCUGUCCUUCGCCCACAGCGCCGUCACGUACGACGCGGACACUCUGGACAACGGCACGCUGCCCACGGACAAAAACAAAACUCUGGAGAAGUCGGCGGAGGAUCUGAACAGAAGUGCCAGUAACUCCCCGACUCACAGCGGCUCGAAGGCCAGUAAGACCUUCACAGUCAGGAAGGCGCUGAGGACGUCUCGGGCCGUGAGCCAGGCGGACGACGUUCACCUCUGCAUCAUGUGCUUACGUGCCAUCAUGAACUAUCAGACUGGGUUCAACCUGGUGAUGAAGCAUCCCUGCUGUGUCAACGAGAUCACGCUGAGCCUCAACAACAGAAACCCGAGGACCAAAGCUCUGGUGCUGGAGCUGCUGGCGGCCGUGUGUUUGGUGCGAGGAGGUCAUGACAUCAUCCUCUCCGCCUUCGACAACUUCAAAGAGGUGUGUGGAGAGAAGAGUCGGUUCGAGAAGCUCAUGGAGUAUUUCUGCAGGGAGGACAGCAACAUCGACUUCAUGGUGGCCUGCAUGCAGUUCAUCAACAUCGUGGUUCACUCAGUGGAGAACAUGAACUUCAGAGUCCACCUGCAGUACGAGUUCACCCGCCACGGGCUGGACGACUACCUGGAGAAGCUGAAGUUCACAGAGAGCGACCGGCUGCUGGUGCAGAUUCAGGCCUACCUGGACAACGUGUUCGAUGUGGGAGCUCUGCUGGAGGACGCCGAGGCCAAGAACGCUCUGCUGGAGCACAUGGAGGAGCUGCAGGAGCACAACACACAGCUGAACAACAGGCUGGAGGAGAACGAGAAGGAAGCGAUGGAGAAAGUUUCAGAUUUGGAGAAGAAGCUCAUUCAGACCACAAAGGAGGUGGAGCUCCUGAAGGAGAGUCUGCGUGACUCGUGCUCUCAGGUGACUCUCCUGCAGCAGCGAGAGCGAGAGAGAGACCUUGAACGCGAGCGGGAGAGAGAGCAGGAGAGAGACAAGGACCGGUCCACUCAGGCCCUGAAGGAGCUGGAGUCCAGAGUCCAGGAUCUGGUGGAGCAGGGGCUGGUUCGGAUGGAGCGCUCCUCCUCCGGUCACCUGGACCUCCAGGUGGUCCCCGUCAUCCAGCGCGUGGCACAGAAAGCUGAAGACGAGACAGAUUCAGGUAACGACCGCGGAGCUGCUGCUCUCCUCUCUGAGGCGCCUCUGCAGGGAGCAACAGUUCAGCCUCCUCCUCCUCCUCCUCCUCCUCCACCUCCAGUCACAACUACAGCUCCUCCUCCUCCUCCUCCUCCUCCUCCUCCUCCUCCAGCAGCUCCUCCGCCCCCGCUGCCUCCUGGAGGGGGUUCGACCGACGGCCGCUCCGGUUUUAAGAAGAAGAAACCGAUUCAGACCAAAUACAGGAUGCCGCUGCUGAACUGGCAGGCGCUCAAAUCCAACCAGGUGACAGGAACCAUCUUCAGCGAGCUGGACGACGAGCAAAUCUUGGAGGAGCUGAACAUGGCUGCUUUUGAGGAGCAGUUUAAGACCAAGGCCCAGUCGGCCCCUGUAGACGUGGGGACCCUCAAGAUGAAGCUGGCCCACAAGACCCCCAGUAAAGUGUCUCUGAUGGAGCCCAACAGGGCCAAGAACCUGGCCAUCACUCUGCGGAAGGAAGGGAUGGCUGCGUCUGACAUCUGCUGUGCGAUAGAGACGUACAACCAGAGAGCUCUGAGCCUCGACUUCCUGGAGCUGCUCGAGCGCUUCAUCCCCACAGAGUACGAGAUGAAGCUCAUCCACAACUACGAGUGCGAGGGCAGGCCCCUGGACGAGCUCAGCGAGGAGGACCGCUUCAUGGUGCGCUUCAGCAAGAUCCCGCGGCUCUCCCAGCGCAUCAGCACGCUCACCUUCAUGGGCAACUUCCCCGAGAGCGUCCAGCUGAUACAGCCGCAAAUCAACGCCCUCAUCGCCGCCUCGAUGUCGAUCAAAUCCUCCGGAAAGCUGAAGAAAAUCCUGGAGAUCAUCUUAGCGUUUGGAAACUACAUGAACAGCAGCAAGCGAGGGGCAGCGUACGGCUUCCGCCUGCAGAGUUUAGAUCUGCUGCUGGACACCAAAUCUACGGACCGGAAGCAGACGCUGCUGCACUUCAUCGUCAGCAUCAUCCAGGAGAAAUAUCCCGAGGUCCGGUCCUUCCACGCAGAGCUGCACUUCCUGGACAAAGCGGCGCUGGUUUCUCUGGACAGCAUCCUGCAGGACGUGCGCUCUCUGGAGCGAGGGAUGGAGGUGACGAAGAGGGAGUUCAGCGUGGAGACGGACAAUCCCGUCCUCAAGGCGUUCAUCGGCAGGAACACGGAGCUGCUUCAGUCCCUCAUCGCUGACGGGAAAACCGCCCAGGACGCGUACGACUCGGCCGUGGAGUACUUUGGAGAGAACUCUAAAACAACUCCGCCCGCCGUGUUCUUCCCUGUGUUCGUGAGGUUCAUCAAGGCCUACAAGCAAGCUGAGCAGGAGAACGAGCAGAGGAAGAAGCAACACGACCUGAACUGUGAAGCUCCGUCAUCUCCACCCAAACACGAAGUCACCGAGAAGGCGCCGGCGCCGUCCAGGCUGCCUCAGAUGGAUCUGAUCGCAGAGCUGAAGAAGAGGCAGGUGUCUCCUCUGGUGAGGGAGGGGAAGGACGGCGCCAUCGAGGACAUCAUCACAGCUCUAAAGUCCGUGCCCUUCACGGCUCGCUCCGCCAAACGCUCCUCCCGUCUGUUCUGCGACUCCGUCUUCAUCGACGAGAUUUGAGGAAUCAGCCGUACAGACGGGCGGACGGUGGCCGACGCAGCGCCAAGUGGAAGCCGGGACAACAGCUGCACGUGUCCUCGGACAUCUCGCUCUGAAGGAAACUCCACAGACCAGAGUCGACGCUUUAAAAAAAACAAUCAGACAUCGAACUCGUCUUCCUCCCUCGUGCAUGUUGAGGACCACCGAGGUGAAGCUGCAUGAUCCUGAGAGGAGAAGUUUGAAUCUCAGACACAAACUGAAUGAAGUUAAAAAAAAAAACAAAAAAAAAACCCCAGAUGAUUGUAGAAAAUCGUUCUGUGAUUGGAGUAAUCAGAAGUUAAAGAGCGAGUUUUGAUGCUGAUGACAGCGGACGUCCUCUGAGCUCGUUAGGACAAUGAGAUUAGAGAAGGAGCCGCUCAGCUGAUGAGCUUCAUUAGCCCAUCAGCUUCAGAUAUCGCAGCCUCGGCUCCACGCGAGGCCUCGCUGACCGACUCUGACGGACGGAACGUCGAUAAUCACUUUGAUAGUUUCUUAAAUUAAAAAAAAAAAAAAAAAAAA